CAGUGAGGCUUUGCUGUCACUGGAUACUACUACUCCCAGCCCUCCGCGAAGCCGCCCGAGCAGCCCCCGGGUCUCCCGUUUACAAGUAGCAAUUUGACUUGCUCUGCUGCAUGUUAAGAGGGACGGUGGAAAGUGUGCGGACGCCCCCGGGAUUCAGCGAACGCAGCUCCAAAAGGAAAAAAGGCAAACAAGUAAACAAAACCCACCCAUCCUGACAAACAUGAGGCUGCUGGAGAGACUGAGGAAAGAAUGGUUCAUGGUCGGGAUCGUGCUGGCGAUCGCCGGAGCGAAGCUGGAGCCGUCCAUCGGGGUGAACGGGGGACCACUGAAGCCAGAAAUAACUGUCUCCUACAUUGCUGUUGCAACUAUAUUCUUUAACAGUGGACUAUCAUUAAAAACAGAGGAGCUGACCAGUGCUUUGGUGCAUAUACGACUGCAUCUUUUCAUUCAGAUCUUUACGCUUGCAUUCUUCCCAGCAGCAAUAUGGCUUUUUCUUCAGCUUUUAUCAAUCACACCGAUCAAUGAAUGGCUUUUGAAAGGUUUGCAGACUGUCGGUUGCAUGCCUCCCCCUGUGUCUUCUGCAGUGAUUUUAACCAAGGCAGUCGGUGGAAAUGAGGCAGCAGCAAUAUUUAAUUCAGCCUUUGGGAGUUUUCUGGGCAUUGUUAUAACACCCCUGCUACUGCUGCUUUUUCUCGGCUCAUCCUCUUCGGUGCCUUUUACAUCUAUUUUUUCUCAGCUUUCUGUGACGGUUGUGGUGCCUCUCAUUAUUGGACAGAUUGUCCGAAGGUACAUCAAGGACUGGCUUGAAAGAACAAAGCCUCCUUUCGGUGCUAUCAGCAGCAGCGUGCUCCUCAUGAUCAUCUACACCACCUUCUGCGGCACCUUCUCCAACCCGAACAUUGACCUGGAUAAGUUCAGCCUUGUGGUCAUACUGUUCAUAAUAUUUUCUAUUCAGCUGGGCUUUAUGCUUCUAACCUUCAUCUUUUCAACAAGGAAUAAUUCCGGUUUCACACCAGCAGACACUGUGGCUAUCGUUUUCUGUUCUACACACAAAUCCCUCACUUUGGGAAUCCCGAUGCUGAAGAUCGUGUUUGCGGGCCACGAGCACCUCUCCUUAAUCUCCGUCCCUCUGCUCAUCUACCACCCGGUGCAGAUCCUCCUGGGCAGCGUGCUGGUGCCCACGAUAAAGUCGUGGAUGGUGUCGCGGCAGAAGGGAGUGAAGUUGACGAGACCAAUCGUAUAGCCCAGGAGGUGCCCGGCCUGCAGCGGUGUACAUAUGUACAGGGUUGUGCACAGUCCUGAGACUUGUACUUGUGAAUGUUGCUUCAAUGCAUAUUUUAUUUUUUUACACACAGAAAAUGAUAUAACUGUUGAAGUGCCUUAAAAAUGUAUUUGACAAGAGCGUUAUUUCCAAAACCGACUUUGUUGGUUACUGCCAGGGGUGGUGCAGUAUUUUGGAGUUGUUUAAUAUUUCUUUUCCUAACGCAGGGAACAGUCAUUGUAAGUGACAAAAGCCCCAGCUUUGUGCAUACAACUCUGUCAUGGUUACUGUACUGUUCGAAAGGAGGUCGUACCAUCAGAGAAAUGCCCUUCCGAAGACGGGGACUACUUCCAAAGUCUUACUCACAAGUACUUUGAUUUACUGUGUGAUUUUCUUCUACAACUGUGACAUGCCUCUUAUCAACUCCACAGGAGUCAUAGACUGAAAAGCAUAAUUUAUCUGCAUUCCUUGACAUCGUUUUUUUUAGACAUUCCUUCAAAUAGUUUCCACACAGAAAUUCCUCUGGGCCAUGAUCAGAAAUUGUGAUAGUAUGUGUCUUAAAUUUACUAUAAGCUGCUUCAAAGAAAAGACCUGAUGGUUGAGUUAUGAGUCAAUUAAGUGACAUUUUGAGGAAAACUACAAGAUAUGGUUUUCAGGAUUUUCAAAGUCAUAGAUGUUUCAUUUUUCUUCCAAUUUAAUUUCUUUCCUAUUUUCCAACACACUCGCAAACUCAUAACAGCCAAAUGUGAGACACAAAAAUGUUAUCAGUUUGAGAGCAUCAGUGAUUAAUGAUGGACUAUAUUCACAUUCCUCGGCUGAGAAAAACUCUUCCUGUUACAUAGAUGUGCUGAGCACACAUCACCCCUUUUAGCCAGAAGCAGCCUGUUACAUCCUUGAAUUAAGCACACUCGCGGCAUUUGAGACAAGUUAUAAAUGAAAAUUUCCUUGGCAGACUUGACAAACGAUUGCGACAUUUAAAAAAAUUUAAAUCAGAUUGCUGUUAUGAAUAAAUGGAAAUAUGAAGGUCAUAGAUGCAAACAGAUGUUACAGAUACACAUUCUUUCUACCCAAAUGGGGGGAAAAAAUGGGCACAGAAAAUGCAAAACCAUUUAUUGACCCAAUUAUUAAGUAAAAUUCAUUCCCAAUUGGGCUUCAGCUUUCAAAACAGUGUUGAAUGUUUGCCUCUGCGAGUGACGAGCAUUCACUGGACCCAAAGAGAGAAUAGAGCAAUAUGUAAAGCCAGGGGAACUCUCUGCUUCCCGCACACCCUCUGUGACAUCCUCUCCAUGGUCUUUCUUGAUCUGACAGACAAGAUCGGCGCCCGGGGGCACACCGGGGCCACGCUGUCCUCGGCAGCUGUCCUGUUGUUUUGUCAACAAAAGAAAAAUCAUUCCUUAGAAACCGAUCAAGUUCAUCAAUCGUGUGACUUUGUAUUCUUGUUACUACCAGGUCUCGUCUCCUGUGGGCUGCUUCUGACUCAUUUCAACAUCACUGAAUUUCACAAAGUUCACAACAGUUUUCCUCAGUGUCAAUUUUAAAGCCAGUGCCAGACCUUGCAUAAAACUACUCUAAAUGGGCUAUUUGUCAAGAAUUUUCAUUGUUGAGACUUUUGUAAUUUUGUUUGAUACUUUGGAUGCUUACAAAUGGAGCUCAGAAAGGUUUUUGUGUUCCUGUAAACUUCUUUAAAGUUCAGAGUAAAUGAAAUUGAGUUACAAUAAAAGCUAGCAUUAGAAUACUGUUUUUCCCCCCAACUUAUCUACCUCUCUUGUCAAACACCUAUAGUAGGUGUGUGAUUAUGGGAUAAUAUUCAACGGAAAAUACUAUAACAUCUUUUGCUUUAAAAAAAAAUUUUUUUUAAAUAAUCUACAUGGUGAAUGUUGGUGGCUUUAGUGAUAUGUUUAUGCCUAUUUUUUUUGACACAAAUGCUGUGGCAUAUUUUUCCAUAAAGGAAAAACAGAAUUAAAAUUUAUUUUUAAUUCAUGUUUAUUGGGAUUUAAUUAUUCAUGUCUGAAAAUACUUUAUUAUGUUUAUGUACUGUCAAGCUAUCUGUUCUAGGAAUUUGUUUUGUCUAAGUGUAUUUAUGAAAGAAAUAAUUAGGUUAUAUUUAUGUUUACCCAUUUUUCCACCUGGAUUUUUUUAAUGGCUGUUAUGAAAUUUGAUUAUUUUAGUGGGUGAUAAUGUUCAUCUCUUCAUAUGUUCUUUUCUAAGUUUUAAAAUUUUUGUGGUUUUUUUCAAGUUCCUUCCUAUUCUGUUUGAAAUUAACACACCUCUGGCUAAUGUUCAGUGUUUGUUUAUGCUAAAUACCAAAUUUUUUCAAAAGGAUUGGUAAAGUAAUAAAGUGGAUUAUUUAUGAUGAAUGGAAGAUGAAAAGGAUUCUAUGAUUAAACAAAGAAAUGUUUCAGAAA